AUGAAUGGUCAAAGCCAAAUAGUCGAAAUAAUCCCAUCAAAGUUGUACUGGAUUAGUGAUCGCGCUCCACCUCGAAACCAGUCCAAAUCUUACUAUUUCUGCAUAGAUAACGAUCUCGUCUACCAGCCUUUCUCGAAUGAUUUCGGCCCACUGAACAUUGGCAUGACCUACAAAUUUUGCACCGAACUCGAAAAGCUCAUCCAAAGCAACGCCUAUUCUGGGUACAGAAUUUACCAUUACACAUCUCUUAACCCCGCAAAGCGUGCCAAUGCAGCUUAUUUAAUGGGAGCUUUUCAAAUUUUGAUCCUCGGUCGGACAUCUCUAGAAGCCUGGCAGCCUUUUACAGUUAUUCCGCCCUUUGCUGACUUCAGAGACGCAGGGUAUGGCUCAUGCACUUAUAAAUGCACGAUCCUUCAUUGCUUACGCGGCUUGGAAAAAGGUGUUGAAUUGGGCUGGUUCAAUUUGAAAACAUUUAACAUCCGCGACUACGAGUUUUAUGAAAAAGUUGAAAAUGGGGACUGGAACUGGAUUAUUCCAGGGAAAUUAUUAGCAUUUGCCUCACCAAGCCCUACUUCAAAUGAUACAGAAGGGUUUAAAGUGUGGACUCCAGAAGAUUAUGCGCCAUUAUUUCAUAAGCUAGGAGUUGGCGCCGUGAUAAGACUGAAUAAUAAGACUUAUGAUGCUGAGAAAUUUGUGAGGCUUGGGAUCAAGCAUUAUGAUUUAUAUUUUUUGGAUGGGUCCUGUCCUAGUGAAAGCAUAAUUAGUGAUUUUUUGAGAAUUGUGGAGAAUGAGCCUGGAGCAGUUGCUGUGCAUUGUAAAGCUGGAUUAGGGAGGACUGGAACUUUGAUAGGAAUAUAUGCGAUGAAACAUUAUAGGUUUCCAGCUGCUGAUUUUAUUGGGUGGAUUAGACUGUGCAGACCUGGGAGUGUGCUGGGUCCUCAGCAGCAAUUUUUGUGUGAUAGGGAGCAAGAAUUUUUUAGGAUGGGAAAUGGUAAUGUGAAAGCUUUGAGGCCAAUUGUGAAAGUGGAUACAAGAAUGUCGCCAGAAGAGAAAUAUAUAAGCACACAUGGAGAUAAUGGUCAAGCUGAAAGACUUAUAUCAGCGAAAAAAACAAAUCAAAGUGGGCCAAAUACCCCACUUAUACCCGAAAAAUCUCCACCAAGAACAUCUACUAGUAGGAAUCAGUCAGUAAGCCCAGCCAGCUCAGUUAAAAAGGGGAAAACCAAAAGUCCAAUACGAUACGGUACCCCUAAUAAUAUUAGGAGUCCGAAUGUAAAAAGAUAUUAUUAA